UUUAGUAGAAACGCGUGGGAGUUGAAGUGAAAGUACGUGUGCGUCUGACCUCACAAUUUUGCGCGUUUUGCGUUUAUGAACCGAGAAACACCUGCUGUAAUGUGCACAUAGAUGGAAGACAAAUCCAUUUUGUGUGAUACAAAGUCCUCGAACGGGAAUAUGGAUUCUAUACAAUGCUGGAAUGGAGCAAAAGGUGACCAGAUCUCCACUAGGGCUAGACCCAUGGCUGACACCUUAUCCAGACUGGCUCAGUUGAUCACUUGCAUCGAGUACAAACCAAAACCACAGUCGUCUUCCUCCAUCUGCAAAGACUGCGGCCUCAAAUUCUCUGACUUGAGCAGUCUUGCACGUCACCAGGAAAGAGAGCACACCCUGCAAAAGCUCCAUUGCUGUCAACGCUGUGGCCAAAAAUUUUCUUUGCUCUCUAGUUUGCAGCUACACAAAUGCUCUCAAGCCUCAACUAUGUGCCAGACUGUGCCAGAAUCUUCUGAAGAUCCCUUCUAUCACGACAGUAGUCCCUAUGCAUGUGCCCCAUGUGGACAAGCCUUCAGCCACAAACAAGAGCUGCUGCACCACCAGCAAGCCGGAGGCUGUCAGCCCGCCAAGACCCUCAAACCACCUUCAUACUCAAAUCCAAACGCCAGCGCGUCUCUUACCAAAUGCACUUUGUGUCCCAAAACGUUCCGUUCUUCUGCUGCACUCGCUUGCCACAUGCGGUUUUCUUAUGCUCACAUGAAAACCAGCACGGAGAAGAAAAGAGUUGUCAUUGUAAGUACAAUGAAGAAGAAGAAGAAGAAAGUUCUCAUCUCAAGUACGUCGUUUCAAUGCCGUUCUUGUGACAAAUCAUUUUCUAAGACAUCGCUGCUCCAUCAGCACAGGAAAGAGGAACACCGGCGGGAGGUAAAGGUGAGGAAGCUGCAGAGAACCUCUUUGAAGACCAACAGGCAGAGGCGGAAAGGUGAAACCUAUCCAUGUCUGCACUGCGGAAAAGAGUUCCUGCAUCAUCUGACGCGUUGGGCGCAUUUUAAACACUACAGCUCUCACCAUCAGACCCACCUUAAACUCAGUGGCAAAUCAUCCAGCGCUGAUACAGCUGGGUUUCACCCAAAGGCAGCUAAGGAACUCAUACCUUCUCAAGAAAAUAGACCAAAGAGAGGUAGACCUAGGAUCAAAAAUCGACCUGCAUUGGUGGAAACCAAGCAAGAGGAAACAGAUAACCUGGAUGACAGCGAUGAAGAUGAAGAUGAAAAUGGCGAGUAUCCUUGCACCUCAUGCGACCAGGUCUUUAGCUCCAAAGCUAAGCUGCAUGUCCAUGAGAAAGUCCAUGAGGAAGUCCCUAAGGAAGAUAAGGAAGUUCCUGAAGAACAACAUCAACCUGCUGACACAUGCAGGUGUUGUAGUGUGUGUGAAGGUGGGAUUCCCCUCACUGAAGUUCCAGAAGGUUGUAAAAAGAAAGUCUAUCACUGUGUGCCUUGUGCUGAAGCCUUCACAGCUCUGGAUGCUUUUCUAGAGCACUGCCAGAAACAUCUAAUACGUGAAAAUGAAGAUGAAUUCAGUGAUGAUUAAAAGAGCGUCCAUUUAAGGAAUAGUUCACCCCAGAAUGAAAAUGUUGUUAUUUACUCACCCUCAUGCCAUUCCAAACCUGUAUAAGCUUCUAAUGUUAAACACAAAAGAAGAUACUCUGAAGAACCAAACAGUUGUUGGUCCCCAGUGACUUGCUGAAAUACUGUGGAAGUCAAUCACUGUUUAAUUACCAGCAUUCUUCAGAAUAUCUUCUCUUAUGUUCAACAUAAGUAAGAAACUCAUGCAGGUUUGAAAUGACAUGAGUGUCAGUAAAUGAUGACAAAAAUUCCAGUUUUGGGUGAACUGUUACUUUAAGGAAUAGUUCACUUAUAAAAUGCACAUUUUCUCACCAUCAUAUCAUUCUAAACCUGUUUGCUGUUUUUUUUUUCUUUUUUUUUAAAGAGCCAUUGUAUAUUCAGACAGAAAGCACCAUAAAAGUGCUUCAAAAAAGUGUAUUAUUUUUUACAUUUUAUGCAUAUAGGUUUUUCUGACAUGAAAGUGAAUAAAUAAUUAUGGAAUUCUCAUUUUUUGAUAAGCUAUUCCUUUAAAAAUUAAAUGUCUGUCAUUAUUUACUCAUCCUAAUGUCAUGGAACACAAAAGAAGAUAUUUUGAAAAAUGCUGAUAACCAAAACGUUUUGGGUCCCAUUGACUUCCAUUGUGUUUUUGCCCAUAUAAUGAAAUCAUUUUCAACUAAAACUGUUUAGUUCCAAACCUGAUUGAGUUUCUUUCUUAUGCUGAACAUAAGAUAUUUUGAAGAAUCCUGGUAAUCAAACAGUUGAUUUUUCCCAUUGACUUCCAUAGUAUUACUUUCCCUACAAUGAAAGUCAGUGGUGGCCUGUUUGGUUCUUCAGAACAUCUUCUUUGUGUUCCACAUAAGAAAGAAACUCAUACAGGUUUGGAACGACAUGAGAGUGAGUAAAUGAUGACAGGAUUUAAAUUUUUGGGUGAACUGUCCCUUUAAGGGCAGGGAGAUCGUUCUGUAGAUGUUUCAGGCUAUCAGGAAUUACAUUGAUCAGGCAUUUUUUAUUUUGGUAAACUGUCUAAGUAUGAUCAUUUUUUUUUACAAGUUUUGAUUUCUGUGAUUAAUGAGGUAUAAUGUUGAACACAGGAUAACUCACUGAGCCAAACUGCUAGACAAAUAAUGUACGGGUACUUAAGUAAAACCACUUCAACUCACAGCAUAGUUCUGCUUCAGGAUGAAUGUUCUCCAUACCUCUACACCGACCUGGAAGUCAUAUCCAUUAUGUUACUGUGAGAAUAUUGUUUUUUUUGUUUUUUUUUUUUGACAUGUACACAUAUAACACUUCUGUUUUCUAGAUGACCAGUGCCUUGCUGAAACACAAAAUCUGCUAAAUGUAUGCUGCUUUUUGUUGUCUGUAUCUGCUAGAUUUGGCUACUGAAGUGUUUCAGCUUGUUUUAUUAUAUAGCAUUUUACUUGCAUAGUGAAAUUUCUGUUUAUAUUUCAUAAAGUAAGCUUUAUACUUAUAAAGUUGUAGAAGCCUACAGAUAGUAGCAUGCUUUAUAUACAAGAUAUUUUAUGCUUCACCAGACCAAAUAUUGCAAGUAGAUGUGUUACAAGAUAUAUACUGGAUGAAUAAACUAUGUGCAGUUAUGAGACCUCAGAUUAGGUGAUUCAGAGAACAGAACAAGUCCAUCAUAUUGUUAAAUUUGUAUAUCAGGGGUUCUUAACCUUUAUUAAUCUUCAUGAUGUUUUAUGUAACACUGCUAAUAUUUUCUCUUUUUAACACCAAAUAGGCUGCAGUGAUUUUCCAGCUGUGUUUUCUUUGCACUGACCUUUUUUUUUUGUCUUUGAACACUGUAAUAUUCACUUUAUGACUCGCAUUGUAAAUGAUAAGUGCAGAUAUAACUAUAUUUUCCCCCAAAAUCUUUUUUUAAGAAUAUAGACUGGAGGCAUUUUAAGUUUAGUUCUCUCUCUUUAGUUGUGGCUACCUCCAGAAUGUCCUGCUUUGUUCCAAGAUGUGAUGAUUUAUCUUUUUAUCCUUUGAAUAAUGUUUGUCAGAAAAUUUACCUCAUGUUUUGCAUUACGUUGACAUUGUUUUGGAAUAAAUUGUUUA